AUGGAGUCGUCGGUGUCGUCGUUGAUGGACCACCUCAACGGGGUGGAAACACGCCGCCGUGUUGUCAUGAUGAAGCGUAAAGAGGCAGAGACGCGGCUCGCCUUUGCCACGGAGGAGGAGCAGCAGCUGGAACAGCAGAGUCUACAGAAUGAGGGUCGGGCGGCGGAACUGAAGAAGGAGCUGGACCACCUUCUUGAGGAGCAGCGCCAGAUGCAGCUGCAGGUAAUGGCCGGCAUGGACACUGUUCGCCAGAGCGAGGUGGAAGAGGCGCUUCUUAUCGAACACGUGCGCGGUCAGCUGGAGAAGGCGAGCACGCUCGCGACGACGUGGCGUGGGCACGCACGUGACUUGGACGAGGUGCAGCGCUGCUGGGGGAAGGAUGAUGUGGCGGUCCCCAUUCAACAACGUGCCGCAGAGCUUGACGCUGAAUUGGUUCGUUUGUGUGCUGAAAAGGUGCGACUUGAACGAGCCAUCAAGGAGGCGAGGGAGACGCAUGCGCUGCGGACCGCCGGCCUCACCGCAGGAGCAGCACCACAACAAUCCGAUCCGGCAGCUGCACAUGCAAUACCGGUGGGUGAGGACGUCGCCGCCAUCCACUUGAAGGAGCAGUUGGAGUCGGAGCAACGUGAGUUGGCAGAGCUCCAGCUGCAUCAUGCGAGGCAGAUUGCGGCGUUAGAUCGCGAAGUUGCAGACAUGACGAGCCGCUCUGUAGAGCUCGGCCAGUGGCUCGCCGACACAGUUGGCUCGCGCGAUCAGGCGCUCCAAAGUACUCAGCUUCUGCAGUCAUGCUUGAAGAGCGGCGUCUGUGCAUUCUGCCGCCCAUCGUCCUGA